GGGGGGGUGGAUGAGAAAAAAAAAGAGGUGGGUUCGCCUGGAGUCCCUGCGGCCGCCGCCGCAGCCGCUGGACGGCCCCCGCCCCUCUCCCCUCUGCGAACAGCGGCGCUGGGGCGGCGGUGAGACAGGAGCCGGCCCGUGGCCAUGGCCUUGGCGUGACAGAGCCUCCCGGGCGGCCGGGCGGGUGCAGACCGCAGGGCCGGACGACGCCCGUGGGAGCCGCGGCCCAGAGACCCGCCCGGCAGCAGUGACGGGAGCGGAGCCCAAAGGCCUGGGCCGGCUCAGCGGCGCUACCAGGAAGCGGGGUCCCUGGGCCCCUUUGUGUGCAGGGCGGGGGAGGGGUGCGGGCAGCCCCUAGCUGUGGGCUCCUCGGACGCCCGCCUCCCUGCGGGGGCCCCACGAUAAGCAGCCUCCAGUCCUGGCCUCCGAGGGGCGCAUUUCAUCUCCCCACCCUCGUUGGGCUUCUCCAGGGGCGCCCUCCUCCCCACACCCCCUACUUGGGCUUCAGUUCCUAUAGGAAGGGCAUUACCAUCCCAUCCCCACCCACCCCCGACACUUCGUUCUCUCCCCUCCCCCGCCUUUAACUUCCUCUUCUUCCCGCGUUGGGCCCUCUGCUUCUCUGCACUCUCCUCCCCGAAGCUCGCAGAUUUCCGCCCACCUUCCGCCUCCCCGAGCGCGCCGCUGCUAGCGGGGCGUUAUUUUCCCUCCCUCGGGUAGGAGUUGGUGAAGGUGAGACUCAUGAGGGAAUACAAGGUAGUGGUGUUAGGGAGCGGAGGGGUUGGCAAAUCUGCCCUGACUGUGCAGUUUGUCACUGGGACUUUCAUUGAGAAAUAUGACCCCACCAUUGAAGAUUUCUACCGCAAAGAGAUCGAAGUGGACUCUUCCCCGUCGGUGCUGGAAAUUCUGGACACCGCAGGAACUGAGCAGUUUGCCUCCAUGAGAGAUCUCUACAUCAAAAACGGCCAAGGUUUCAUCCUGGUUUAUAGUCUGGUUAAUCAACAGUCUUUUCAGGAUAUCAAGCCAAUGAGAGAUCAGAUUGUCAGAGUGAAGAGAUAUGAAAAAGUCCCACUAAUCCUAGUAGGAAAUAAAGUGGAUCUGGAACCAGAAAGAGAGGUUAUGUCUUCAGAAGGCAGAGCUCUGGCUCAAGAAUGGGGCUGUCCUUUCAUGGAGACAUCGGCAAAAAGUAAAUCAAUGGUGGAUGAACUUUUUGCUGAGAUCGUCAGGCAAAUGAACUAUUCAUCCCUGCCCGAGAAGCAAGAUCAGUGUUGUACAACUUGUGUUGUCCAGUAAAAAAAGAUAACCUCAAUCAUGGCCAUACCGAGCAGAUAAAACUCAGAGGAAAUUUGCACAGAUGCUGCUUUGGAGAACUUUACAACCUGGGUUGCAGAACUGAGCCUUGGUAAACCUGUCUCUAUUACAGCAUGUUGCCAUACAUCUAAUUAAGUGCAUAAGGUCUUUGGCUUUCAAGAUCCAUCGACCUUAAACAGGAAUGCUUAGCACGUUUACCAUAUGUUUAAAAUCUGUUCUUUAUCAAUCAGUCCUUUUGUAGCUUUCUAAGUUCUUAUUGAUGGCUAAUAUGCAAGAAUUAAUUUUUAAUAUUUUAAUUGAUUUCUUUAAUCAGUUUCUCAAUUGUAUUUAUUAAAUACUCAAACUCAGUAUUACCUACUCAAUGCCUUUUAAAAGAAAGUUAUAAUGGAGAAAAAAAUGAGCCUUAAACAAAUGGUUACUUCUGUAUAUUACCUCGCACCAGUGCUUCAUUCUAUUUGUAAAAUCUUUCUCCUUUAAAUGGUUGGUUAAUACUUUGAGACUUUGUUUACGUGUGGCAGUGUUGUAAAAAGAAACUAAGGAUCACAUUUUACCUGUAUGGAUGGAAUAUCCCUUUUCUUCAAGUGCAGUUUGUGGUGUGUUUUUGUAGUUAACAUGUUCUGAAAGUUGCAAUUGAUAUUUGAAAUUGAGUGUAGAACAUUUAGCUGCAGAGUUAAGCAUUUGAUUCCAUUAGGUUUUCACAUGUGUUAAUCUCAUUUACAGCAUCAAAUUGCAGCAGUAACAUUUUCCUUUCUGUGAAGUUCUAAAUUUAGUUAUGACCUACUUAGCAAUGCCUUUGAAAAGGGAUAUUGUAUCCAUGGUAAAUUAAUUGUAUACCUAAACAGAGAUAGCUCAGCUUUGCCUGUCAGGCUUGUAAUUGACAUCUAAUAGACUUCUGCACAUGUAAGAUUGAAUUCAAGUAAAAUCAUAUACACUUUCUAGUUCUUAAUAUUUGUCUUUCUGAAUAAUAGUUUAAAGCAAUAUUUGUUAAAGUUUUCUUGCACUAUCACAAUUGCUUUUUAGUUAUUUCUCAAGAAGCAUGUUCGUAGUAGAGACAAAAGUCUGCGUAACAGGAGGGAGGAUAGCGCCAAGUCUCUGGGCUUUUUUUUUCCCCUUGCAAAUGUUCUUCUAAUAGCCAUUGCCUUUCAUGUUGUUUACCUAAUCAGCACAUUUUGUCUGAAUACUUGAACAUUUUAUCAGUAACACAGGUAUAGGAAUAGAAAGGAAACUUACAAAGAAUAAUCUUUUGGUUCAGUUUUAACAUGACAAUGAGCGCUUUUUCUAGCAAUGAUUUUAAAAUUUUGUAAGUUUGACAGUAUUUUGUUGGGUUUUUAUUUGAUUUUAGUUGUGUGCAUUUAAUUUGCAGAAGUUAGUACCUGCAGCUCACCUACUGCACCAAAGUUCUCGAUUUUAGGAGCCCAGCUUUAGUCAUUUGAACAUGCUUCUAAAUAAAACAAAACAAAACAAACAAACCAAAACUAUGCUUUUGAUCUAUAAUAAUAGCUCAAUAACUUUGUCAAGGAAAGCUCUAAUAUAUGCAGUGAUGGUUUAUGGAAGGGUGUGGCAAUUUUAAAUUUAUAUUGUGUGUGAUGUUCAAAUAAAGCGAUAUCUACAUUCAUGUGAUUUAUUGGUCAGCUGACCAUUAAUUAUUGCAUAGAAAUUGAUUAAACUUUGAUUUCCUUUUUUUAAA